CUCACAGUCUUGACAUAUUGCCACCCCAUGUUCUCUUUCCCCCUUCAUGUUCCCACUCCUACCGGCCAUAACAUCCCCUCCCUCUCUCUCUCUUUCCCCAUCUCACUUUCUCUCUCCCUCUCCCCCCUUUAAUUACUUCCAUAGCAGGAGCAAUCUCGACCAGCCCAUCAUAUCACUGCUUGCCUAAAUUCGUUAAAGCAGAGGGAAAUCGAGUUGACUGGCCAUUAUUAUCUUCACUCUUCAGUACCCAAAUUUAAUUCAGCAAGUACCUUAUAAUAUUGCAUGAUGAUGGACAUGAUCUCCGGCGGCAAUGGCGGCGGCAUAAUGACUUUCGCCUCACCCCUUCCGCCGCCGCCACCAGAAGCUUCGUCAAUCACCACUUUUCAAAACCCCGACGAACCCCAAUAUUUCAGCAUCCCUUCCCACCAUCUGGACUACAAUAACAGCAUCUCGCAGAUACUGAUGAGGCGGAGGAGAUCGGGCGCGUCGUCGUCGUUCAUCACCGGCGGCGCGGACAUGGGGUGGGACAACGGGGAGGAUAAUGUGAUGAUGCGGCGGCCGCGGGGCGGCGAGGACGAGAUGUCAGAUGACGGGUCGUCGGCGCAGCUGGGGGAGAAGAAGCGGCGGCUAGGAUUGGAGCAGGUGAAGGCGCUGGAGAAGAGCUUCGAGCAGGGGAACAAGCUGGAGCCGGAGAGGAAGAUGGAGCUGGCGAGGGCUCUAGGGUUGCAGCCGCGGCAGAUCGCGAUCUGGUUCCAGAACCGCCGCGCCAGAUCUAAGACCAAGCAGUUGGAGAAGGAUUACGAUUUGUUGAAGAGGCAGCUUGAAGCCCUCUCUUCUGACAAUAAUGCCCUCAAAUCUCGUAACAAGAAACUUCACUGUGAGCUGCAGUUACUGGCACUGAGGAAUAGAGAAUCAAAGGAUGUGGGGCCCGCCACGAUAAAUCUGAACCACGAAAUGGAAGGCUGUUCUUGGAACACCGCAAACAACGCCAGUGAGACCAACAGCGGCAGCAUUAUUUUUACUGUCGACGACCACCGUCAUGUAAAUUUCGGCGGUGGCGGUGGCGCUUCUUCAUCCAGACCCUCCUCCGCCAAAAAUAUCGUCUGGCAGCAGCCGCCGCCGCCCUCCGCCACCUCAGCAAAUCUCACCCAUCAGCUUCUCCACCCCUCGUCCAGACGUGAUCAUGAUGACCUACUACUACACUGUAGUAAUAAUAAUUUUACUACCACUACUACUAAUAGUAAUAAUUGUAAACUGGAAGAAAAUAUUCACGACGAAGAAGAGGCCGGAGGAGGGUAUUGCAGUAUGUUCGGCGAUGCCGCCAUGGGUGACGAGCACGGCGAGUUCUUGGCGAUGGAGCCGGCCGCCGCCACAGCAUUUCCGUUCAACUUCUCUUUCUUCUCCUGAACAGGAAAAUUGCAGCUGUACGUUAAUUAGCAAUGCAGUAGAGCAUGAAAUUUUUAUUUUGCCUUCCAUUAUUUAGUUAUAGUUUAAUUUAUUUAUUUGCGAUUUGCAAAUCGCAAUUUGCAAACAUACAUUAGAACUUGAAGAUUGUUACUACCCCUGCUAUGAAUGUCAUUUAAUACAAAUACGUAGUACAA